CGGGAGGACAGUGUUAAAAGUUUUUGUAGAGGCGGGCAGGCGAAUUAGCGAGGCGCUAGUGGAGCAGUGAAGGUGGGUUUCCAACGGCUGUGUUGCAGGCAAACCACGAACAGACUUUUCCCUCCGGUGACUCUUUGCCGUUUACCUGGUGGCUUAUUGCCGGUUUGCCACUGACUAGGAAGUCUGCUGAAGCCCUCUUUGCAGACGGGGCGCUGCAUUUGCAACUAACGGACGCACACCCGUUUUCGGCUUUCGGUCAGAUCCAUUGUGCUGGGGCACACAAUGACCCCUUCAGCCGUGCCAGUAGAAGGCUAUUCUGCCGAUGACUCCACGCUCGCAAGGCCGACCAAGAGGCUCCGGCUUGACGCAGCGGAUCUCCAGUCAGAAGCCGAUGCUGAAGAACCCGCAGCGAUUCCGCCGCAUCCCUUGGGCGUCAAGCCUUCAGGGAAUGCCCUGACAGCAGACAUCAAUCUGAAGGCCUCAUGUGGUCAUUUUGCUGCCUUGUCUGACGAGCUGCUCGCUCAGUUUCUGGAAUUUUUAGAUGCGCCCUCACUGAUGCGCCUUGGAGGAACAUGCAAAGCCCUUUUUGCUUUCACUAGGUCAGAUGAUCUCUGGAGAGCUCUUUUCAUCGAAUCUCCUCCAUCGGAUUUUCAAUGGCGCGGUUCAUGGCGAUCCACAUAUCUGUCUAUGCCGGUGACCCAAGAAGCCCAAGUGGACUGCACAGGUCUCUUCUCUGAUGUCCUUUACCGGCCGUUUCAGUGCACUUAUACACCCUUGAGGCCAUAUGCGGCCAACAUCCCACCGCAAAACCAGAUCACGCGCUUGAGUGAUCUCACCACGGAAGAGUUUUCUACCAAAUGGACAAACAAACCGUUCAUCCUCACAUCCCCAGUCAAGCAGUGGCCCGUUUACGGCAAGUGGACCACGCAAUCACUCCUUCGAAAGUAUGGUGAUGUUGCUUUUCGCGCUGAGGCUGUGGAUUGGCCUUUGAAGAAGUAUGUCGACUAUAUGUACAAUAGCAGCGAUGAGAGUCCUUUGUACCUUUUCGACCGUGGCUUUGCCGAGAAGAUGGAGAUUUCUGUGGGUAAGAAUGCAAAGGAUGCCGCUUACUGGGCGCCAACGUGCUUCGGCGAGGAUUUGUUUGCUGUGCUGGGAGACAAACGACCAGACAGUCGUUGGAUGAUCAUGGGCCCUGCUAGGAGCGGAAGCACAUUUCACAAGGACCCUAACGCCACAAGUGCGUGGAACGCCGUUCUGACAGGCUCGAAAUAUUGGAUCAUGUUUCCCUCAUCUUCAAACUUACCGCCACCGCCAGGCGUGAUAGUUUCCGAGGAUCAUUCCGAAAUUACCUCACCACUCAGCAUAGCAGAAUAUCUGCUGUCUUUCCACGCUCUCGCACGCGCCACCCCCGGAUGCUGCGAAGGGAUUUGUCAUGCUGGCGAGGUCCUCUACGUCCCGUCUGGAUGGUUCCACUUGGUCUUGAACCUCGACGAGAGCAUCGCGCUUACGCAAAAUUUCGUCCCUAGAGCCAAGCUUGCGGACGUUUUGGGCUUUCUCAGAGAUGAAGCCGGUUCUGUUAGUGGGUUCAAAGACGAAAUCACGGACCCAUUUGGAUUGUUUGUCGAGAGACUAGGGGAUGCGUACCCGGAGCUAUUAGAGGAGGGGAUGAAGGAGCUCGAAAAGAAGGGAAGACCCAAGGGAAGAGGGAAAUGGGAGAAGCUGGUAAAGGGUGACGAUGACGCAGAUGGUGAGGAGCAGGGUGGUUUCACGUUUGGUUUUGGUGGAGACGAUGAUGAGGAGAUACCUUGAUAUGUUCUCAGUCGUGGAUCUGGGCGUACGUAACGCUAGCAUACAGCGUUUUUUUGGCUUUGUAGAGAAAGCGAUGUAAGCAACAUAGACAUGUAGUUAGAGCAUGAAAAGACG